AUGAGGACCGGAGAAGCCAUCCAGGUUUUCAGAACCAAACCCGAAGCACGUGCCCUUUUUGAAAGCCCAGAGCUGUUGAGGAAUCUGUCGCUCCCGGACGAGACUAAGGCGUUUGUCCGUGUGCUGAAAAACCCCGAGACGGAAUGUGUAAUUUACCUGAUCGGAACAGUUCAUGUGUCACCCGAUAGCAGAGAUGACGUCAGGAUGCUCAUCCAGGAGGUUCAACCGGAGAAGGUGGCAGUAGAGGGACAUGUCGGUCACCCGUGCAAGAUCGAUGCGGAGCUUACGUUCGUGGAGCGGCACUUUGGUUCCUUUCUAUAUGUGAUGUCGAGCGCCUACGAGAAUAGGAGCUGGAUCCUUCACUUUCUAGCGGAGGCUUAUCUUUCCAAUCGGGGGAACCCUGACUUCGUCGCACUGGAUUCAGAGAAGAAGGACGACGACGACGAUAUUGUAGCCAGUAAAGCCUUCGGAAGACUGUUUCGAGCUUUCCGCCAAGGUGCAUAUGUUGACCUGCCCCUUUUAAAAAAGAAUUGUGCUCUCAGCGCUCAAAAUCACCAGGUUGUCCGCUGCUUUCAUACGAUUCCUAGAGGUCGCCCCCCCUCAAUGGCUGAUCAAGCCACGUACCGCUCAUACCAGAACAAGGAGCUUGCAAAAUUACGUGCCGACGAUGACCUUGGGAAUUCCGACGUACUAUUGGCCAGCAACCCAAAGGCCCUGCAUGCGCUUCUGGGGGAGCGGGACCUCUAUAUGGCAGGCGAACUGGCUCAAUGUUCGUUCAUGUCCAAGACGAUCGUGGCGGUGGUCGGAGCGGCUCACGUCCCUGGCAUCCAAAAGCACUUUCCUGAGGAGACGCUCUUUAACCACAUCUCGAACGAGGGGAGCGUGCUGUGGGAACGCAGGCGAGAAGCAGAGCUGGAAGAAAGCAAUCAGAAGUCGGCCAAUCUGAAGGCGAAAAUGGAAGCGAGCGCAGAACGAGCUGGUACAGAAGCGAGACUUCGAGGUGCUGCCACGUGUACGGCAAUGACGCUCGCCAGAGUGGGCGCGUUCGCCCUUCACAAACGACACCCGCGCGCCGCGAUCAACGCUGCAAAGCUGGGUGGCGCAGCUGCGUUACUUACCGGCGCAGCUCGAGUGGGACUCGCGUAUGCAACUGCCCAGUGGACGCAGUUCGGAGCUUACUUGAGGAAUGCGGAGCCAGCAGAAAAUGCUUAG